UCUAACAGACUGGUAGGAGUAACACAACAGAGCUCACAUCAACAGGCAAGUGCCGGUGUUGAGAUGGACCUAACCAAAGCAAACGGGGAUGCCAAGGACCUGGAGACCUGUCUUUGUGGGAUACGGAGAAAGUGAAAAGCGCAGCACUCUAAGGUCCACCUUGACGCCGUGCACGUCGACCGGGAGGAAAUAAUUCUGUCUCAGGAGUGAAACAAAAGCCAGCGAAAGGAGGUGUGGUCUGGGCUAGGACGAGUGAAAAGUUGAACAUUGUUUUCUGGUGGCUGUGGGCAACGGGGAAGCAUGGGUUAUCGGCUUGCGUGGAGCCCGCUUCGGGGAAGGGGGAGGGAAAAUGAAAAGGAUGCUUGAACAAGGCAGGAAUUUUUUCCCUGUGAAUGGUAACGGACGACCUACCGGAUUUUUCUGUUUGCCGCUUGUGCGCCGCUGCGAGGGCAGCAAAAGCAUCUUCUGCAUGCAUGACCCCAGGUCCCCUCGUCUUUGGCCCGACUCACUAGCCUCCUGGCUAUAGAAUUAUGGGAAACCUCAUCAGCCGGCCCAGUUGCCUAGGCCAGAAAUCAAAGAAGGUGACCUCAGAGGAGGACUUCCUGCGAGAGUGCUACCAGCGCCGGAGCGAGCGCCCGCCCUCGGGCAGCCUCCAGGAAAAGAGCGACACAGUCGCGGUCACGCCAAGUCCGGACAAACCCAGGAGCCCUCCCCCCGUCUGCACCUCGGACAGAGCGUGGCAGGGCCCGCCCCCUGCCAUCAAGACCCCGCCCAACGGGACCCUGCCGAGGAGGAGUGAUGCUGAAAUAGGGAAGAAGGUGGGCAGUACUCCCGUGUCAGGAUGGGGUACGACAGGGGAAAAGGAGCAGCCCCCAAGCUUCCAGAGGCAGAACUCUGGAAGCCCCUGGUCCUGGAAGACGUUAGCCUCCAGGGAAGUGACGGAGGUGACAGAGGUGACGGAGACAAUUGUGACUGAGAUCGUGGAAGUGACGGAAUAUCCGCCAGGGGAGAAGGGAGGCGACCCCAUCGUCACUCGGACCGUAAGGGUCCUCACCGGAGCUGCUGAAGAGCUUGCCGAGCUGCAAAGUGAUGGCCACUCAAGUUCGGACCAGGACUCCAGCUUGGACCGAUGGAGCACUCUUCACAAGAAGGGUGCACGAAGUGCCUUAACUUUGAGAGAAGAUAUGGGAGAUCCAGAGACCCUUCUCCAGAACUUGGAGUCUUUGUUGAAUUGGGUUUCUGAGAUGGAGGAUCUUAUGGCCAAUCAGAAGCCUCCUUCAUCAGAGGUCAAGGUGGUGAAGGCACAGCUACAGGAGCAAAAGCUCCUGCAGCGCUUGCUGGGGGACCGAAGGCCGAGCGUGGAGUCCAUGGUUCAGGAAGGGCCGCUGUUCGCAGAGGCGUUCCAGGGGACGGACAGGGAGCAGGCCGCACGCCAAAUAUCCCACCUGCGGCAGAGAUGGGAGGCCUUGGUUCUGGAUGCAGAAAGCAGGCAUAGGGCUUUGGAGAAGAUCCUUCCCAGAGCUCAGUGCUUCCAGGAGAGCACGGACGGCUUCCAGCAGUGGCUGAUCUGUGUGGAGCAGGACCUGUUGGAGCUGAGGGGGGCAGAGAGGAACAUGGUCCUUAUCCAGGAGGCUGCCGCACGGGCCAAGGCAGCAGUGGAAGAAAUCCAAGCCAAAAGUGUGAUCCUAGGGGAACUUCGACAGAACGGUUAUGAACUCAUGAAGGUCAUAUCAGAGGAGGAGUCCCAGCUGGUCAAGGAGAAGGCCGACAGCCUGGGCAUCAGGUACUCCGUGCUCAGCCUUGGGAGCGCAGAUGUCCUGCAGAGGCUGGAGCAGGCCCUGGAGGCCUCCAGCCGCUGCACCUCCUCCCAGGAGGACCUCCACCUGUGGCUGGGGAGGAUUGAGAGGGAGCUGGUGGGAUCCGGGAGCCAGACGUCGCCGGGGGAUGCCGUGCUGUGCCGCACGGAGAGGCUGAGGUUGGAGCAGGCUGCUGAGAAAGAGGUGACCUGGUUUGGGACCACAGCACAGAGGCUGGAGCAACUAAAGGAUGUCAGCUUGGAUGCGGACCUCAUUUCCACACAGCUGUAUGACCAAAAGAUACUUGCAGUAGAGAUUCUCCAGCACAGGUUUAAUAUUGAGAAAAUGCUGAAGAUCUCAGAAAUCCUGCAAAGUUACAGUGAAGAAGAGGAAACAGGUGAACUGGAGGUACACCUGGCCUCUCUGCAGGAACAAUGCCAGUCUGUAUCAGACAGGAACUCACACGUUGUGCUUCAGUUGGAGCAUGCUCAAUCACUUCUGUCCCAGUUCUCCGAGAGCCAUGCAGAGGUGUCCCCAUGGUUACAGGAGACCCAAGCCCAGAUUAGCCAGCUGUCCCUCAACACCAUCAGUUACGAGGCAUUCAAAGAACAACAGGACCUCUUGCAGGGCUUGCGGGAGUCUGUUGCAGAACACAAGCCCCUGAUCGCACGCCUCCGCUUGGUGAGCAGGCGUCUGUCAGAACUGAGCCCUGCCCAGGGGGAGGAGUUCUGUCGGAAGGCCGCCGAGGCUGAGGAACAGCACGGCAGCAUCAGGGAGCGGGUUCGAGAGGCUGCCAGCAUGUUGGAGGAGGCCCUGCCCCGUUAUACUCAGCUGAAUGAGAGAAUCACCCUGAUGGGCGAGAGUCUGGACCGACUGCGCAGUCGCCUGCAGUCGCCCGUUCUUCUGCAGGGCCAGACCACGCGCAUCCAGGAGCAGCUGCAGGACAACAGGCACACGCUGGCUGAGCUGUCCAAGCUGGAGCUGGGGCUGACCGCCGUGAGGGCUCAGGCGGCCGAGCUCCUCAGCAGCGCCCUCGCGGCCGGAAACAGCUCCAUCGGAGCAGCUAUCCAGGAGCGGGUGACUUCCUUAGGUCAGUCAUGGGAGGAGGCACAAACCCAGGCUCAGGAGAGGGACAAGUGGCUCCUCAACCUCCUGGACCUUGCUGCGAAGUUCUGGAGCGAUGUGAACGACCUCACCGCAGUGCUCAGUGACACCCAGCAGGCCGUCCUUGACCUGAACGGGAACGGGACCGAAGCCGAGACCAUCCGGCAGAGCCUGGAGACCAUGCAGACCCUUAGAGAAGACAUAGACAGCUUGCAGGGGGAUCUGGACACGCUCGGAAUUCUGGGAUUGGACCUGAUGUCGGCAUGUGGGGACACUGACAAACCAGAUGUCACCAAGAGCUUGGAUGAGCUUUACUGCAUCUGGAACAACCUGAGCAAGCUGUGGACUGAGUGUUACAGCAAGCUGGAGUCCUCCCUGCAGAUGGCGCUACGUUACCAAGAUAGUAUGCAGGGGCUGUUUGAGUGGCUGAAGUCUGCUGAGCUGAGAUCCACUGAGGAGUUCCUGGUGGGGGCCGACUUGGAUGCUGUCAAGCAGCAACUGUGUGACCUGAAGGAGUUUAAGCGGGAGCUGUACCAGAGGAAGAUUGAGAUGGAGAGUCUCAACCAUCGCUUCGUCUGCCGGCUGGCCCCGGGGUCGGAGCGGCAGGGCUCUGUCUCGCCGCUGUGUGACUUCCGCCAGCGCUGGGAUGCCCUGGAGAGGGAGACAGUGAGCAGACAGCACCAGCUGGAAUGCGCGCUGCUGGGCUUGGGUCAGUUCCAGAACACCCUAGAUGAGCUGCAGACCUGGCUGUCCCACACCGCUGACCUCCUGCGUGGCCGCCGGCCAAUCAGCAUCGACCUGCAGACCUGUGAGAUUGAGCUGGCCAAACACAAGGUCCUGAGGAACGACGUGAUGUCCCACGUGCGGACGGUGGAGUCCCUGAAUCAGGCAGGCCAGGAGCUGCUGGAGGUGGGGCCAGGGGACAGCCCCCAUGGCCUGCAGACGCAGCUGGAGCAGCUGAACGAGCGCUGGGAGUUUGUGCGCUGCGAGACCGAGAGGAGGCAGCUGGAGCUGGAGAACAACGUGGGACAGGUCCAGGAUCUGAUGAUGGAAAUUCAAGACCUGCUUCAGUGGCUGGAGAACACUGACUUGAGGCUGUCUUCCUCUCAGCCAGUGUGGGGGCUGCCAGAGAAAACCAGUGAGAGGCUCAGCGCCCACCUGGAGCUGUGCAAGGAGAUGGAGUCCAAGAUGGACGUCUACUCCAGCGUAAGGAGUGCUAUCUGCAGGCUGCUGGAGAAUGGUGACGUGGCCAGGGGCUCCAGCACAGAGCACAGCCUGUCUAUUCUCGAGCAGAAGUGGGAGACCGUUAAUGGCAAAGCUCAGGAAAGGAAGGCAAAGCUGACCGAGGGGUUAAGUCUCGCCAAGGAGUUCCACAGUUCCAUCCAGGACCUGCUGGCCAGGAUGUCCCAGUGUGAGGGGGCUAUCGCAGCACUCCCUGUCCCCAGCUUCAUACUGGACACAGUCUGCACUCAGCUGCUGGAACACAGGAGGCUGGUGAGUGAGGUGCACUCAUACGGUGAGAAGAAGACCACGGUGGAGAGCGCCGCCUCACAACUGAAAGAGUUCAGCAGGAGGGAGGAUUGCGAUGUGGUCCGGAACCUCAUCGUGACCGUCCAAGACCGCUAUGACAAACUGCACCAGCACACCAUGGAACGUGGGAAGGCCCUUGAGAAUGUCAAAAAGCAAGCGAAACAGUUCAGUGAAUCCUGGAACAUGCUGAUUGACUGGAUGGUGGAAGUUGAGCGGACCCUGGACACUCACAAAGAGAUUGCAGUGUCCCAUGAGGAAAUCAAACUGCAGCUCACAGAACAGAAGGACUUCCUGAAACUUCUGCGGUCAAAGAGGCCCAUGUACGAGGCCACUAUGAAGACGGGACGGACGCUUCAGGAGAAAUCACAAAGCCCCACGGACAGAAAACAGCUGGAAGACCUGGUGUCCGAGCUCCGGGACUCUUGGGACACCAUCAGUGGGAAGUCUUUGGAGAGGCAACACAAACUGGAGGAGGCAUUGUUGUAUACAGGCAAAUUCACAGAUGCCCUUCAGGCUCUCAUGGAUUGGCUGUAUAGAGCUGAACCACAGCUGACUGAAGACAUACCUGUUGGAGGAGAGAAGGACUUGGUCACUAAUCUAAUGGACAAACACAAGGUUUUCCAGAAAGAGCUGGGAAAGAGGGCAGGGUGCAUUAAGACCCUGAAGAGAUCAGUGCGGGACGUGACCAGAGGCAGCUCAGCUGACACCCGCUGGCUGCUGGAGCAGUUGGAGGAGCUGGAGAGCCACUGGGAGACCGUUUGUAGGCUGUCCGUCUCCAAGCAGGACAGGCUGGAGCAGGCACUCCGUCAGGCAGAAGAGUUUGACAGCGCUGUACACUCCUUUCUGGAUCGCCUCUCUGAUGUGGAGAGAUCCCUGAAAUACGGGACCAUUCCAGAAGAGGAGGAUGCCCUGCUAAAUCUUCACAAGCAGUACCAGGAGUUGACGGACUCCUUGCGCAGUCAGGAGCUGGAGCUGGAGAGUAUCCGUUCCCUGGGAGAGCAGAUCCUGUCGUCCUGUCACCCCGACUCCCUUGUCACCAUUAAGUCCUGGAUAAGUGUCACCAGGACUCGCUUUGAGGAGGUGCAAACGUGGGCCCAGCAGCAGGGAGAACGGAUCCAGACCAGCCUGUCUGCACUGGAAGCAGAGCGGGAGGAGGUUCAGAGGCUGCUGGACUGGAUCUCCUCAGCAGAGGAGUCUUUAACCCUGAGGGAGCAGGAGCCUCUGCCAGAGAGCAUGGACCAGGCUGAGGAGGCCAUCAGCCAGCAUGCGGUUUUCAUGGAUGAACUGAAUCGGAAGUUUCCGGAAGUUGAAAAUGUCACAAGGUCAUGCAAACAUAAGCUGACCCCCAAGCGGCAGGUUUCCCCUUGUCGCAAAACUCUGACAAAGCGGAAAAGUGCAGCAAAGCUGCAGCCCCCAACAUCUCUCCCCCUGGAUAAUUUGGACCCCCAAACCCCUCAGAUGUGUCAGCUGAUCAGUCGCUGGCAGCAGCUGUGGCUUCAGGCUCAGGCCAGACAAGGCCGACUUGCGGAGCACCAGCAGAAACUGCGAGAGCUGGAUGAGUUUUCCAACUUUGACUUCAAUGUCUGGCGUAAGCGUUACAUGCAGUGGAUCAGCCACCUCAAGUCACGCAUCCUGGACGUUUUCCGCAGUAUCGACCGAGAUCACGAUGGCCGCAUCACACAAAAGGAAUUUAUCGACAACGUUAUGUCCUCCAAAUUCCCCACCAAUUCCUUGGAAAUGACGGCUGUGGCGAAUAUCUUCGACAUGAAUGGGGAUGGCUUCAUUGACUACUAUGAGUUUGUCAGCACUCUCCAUCCUAGCAGAGACCCAUACAGAAGAGCUUUAGAUGCAGAGCAAAUCAAUGAAGAGGUGAGUAGACAGGUGUCCCAGUGCAGAUGUCCACAGAGAUUCCAGGUGGAGCAGAUCAGUGCCAAUCGCUACAAGUUUGGUGACUCCCAGCAGCUCCGGAUGGUGCGAAUUCUGCGUAGCACUCUUAUGGUCCGAGUCGGGGGAGGGUGGACGGCGCUGGACGAGUUCCUGGUCAAGAAUGACCCCUGCAGAGUAGUGAAGGGCCGGACCAACGUGAAGAUGAAGGAGAAGUACUUAUCCCCGGAUUCGUUUGCUGCCCCUGCUCGCAGAGGAACGGCUCCGUCCAAAGGCCUCACGGUCAGCAGAUCCAACUCCAGCCUAAGCCUCUACAGCAGUGCGUCAGCUCCAAGCAGUCCCUCAACCCGCAAGUCUGUUCUAAGGAGGAGCCUGUCUGGUGACCGAUGUGUCCGGCCCAGAAGCUCCAUAGCUGCACUUGGAAUGGAGCUACAGUUCUCCUCUGUAGCAGAUAACGGGUCCCCAUCACCACCAGAAGAAGCAGAGAGGCCGCCUACAUGACCUUCAUGCCUGGACCAGAGAAAGCAGCCAUGCUGAGCUCAGACAAGCCCCCCGAGGCCCCAUCCAGCACACCCAGGGCCUCACCCAAGGCCUCACGGAGCACCCUGUACAGCCUGAUGAAAGACAUUCAGCACACGACCGGAACCGAUCCCUAACUGGAAAGAUAGGGCAGCCGAUUGAGACGCAGUUCUUCUGCUUGAAGCUGGUAGAUCUCUCUGUAAUGCUGAGGUGUGGCCUGGUCAACCUCUCUCUUAUGCAUUGAAAGUAUCAAGGUUUCUUUCAUGCCUUUAUUUUCCUGUCAGCGUUCAUCUCAAAGUGAUUCUUUUUCCCGGAUAAGGAAAAUUAUUCCUUUUGGAAUCUAUGGUAGACCUGAGUGAGCAGGAGCAGGUAUAUUGAUGUUUGUAGCCUGGAUACCACUGGCAUGCUAUGAUUGAUGUUAGCACAGUGCCCUGCGGUGCUUUGUUGCUCUCUGUUACCUCAGUGGCUUAGCGUUAAAGUUUGUGAUGUUCUCUGGCAUGCUUAAGGUAAACUCUUGCUGUCCCCUGUGAAACUUGGACUCCUAUUCAGAGUUGAUCUGUCGUGCUAUGAGCAAGACAAAUGCUAGUUUGCUGAACAUUUUAACAUGGCCCUUAAAAACAUCAUAUUUAUGUACCUUUCAUGCAAAAGAACCUAUUCUUUGAGCAACAGAAUUGAACCAAAUCAUUUUAGAACAUGUUGUCAGACAGAGUAUUCUCAAGGUAAGAAAUGAAAUAUCAUUCAGUAUUUGGUAAUUUGCCUUUCAGCUAUUAAAACUGUGUAUUAUGAGCGCUGCUAUACUUGUGGGUACUCACUGGCAUGUUUAAAAACUUGGCAACUGUAUUUUGACUGAAAAUAGCCCACUCUCCUAGUGACAUUACUACUAUUAUGAAGAGAUCUACGAUCUUACUUGUUUACCACAGUUUGUAAUAAUCCUUUUCAAAGUAAGGGCCCUGGACCACAGGAACAACUUGAAUUUUAAUGUACUGUAAUAACUCUUAGCAAGCUGCAAUAAUCACUAUGCAUCCAGUAUUGCUACACUUGUAAAAUACAAUGCUUUCUAAUUUAGCACACAGCCCUGAAUCUAACCUAGUGUAAAUGUAUGGGAAUGUAACUAAUUACUAUGUAAAGUCAACUGUAAAAUAAAUAUUUUGCAAUAAAAUAGAAUAUGGGUGUCAAA